CCAGAAGAAGUCAUAUCGCCACUCCUAGCCUAGAGGCUUUUGCUCAGACUGUCCCUUAAAUGAUCGAAAGAAGACCUUUCCUACUGGAUCUACUUUAUCCUAUCAUAAGAAAUGGAAAGGGGAACAUUUCUUGGUUGGAGAAGACUACUACUUGAUUUUACAGGUCUUCUUUUAGUCCUGUCCUGCUGUAGUGGCCUGGACGUUUCUAUUUCCCAGAAUCAGUAUGAGGUGGCGAGAGGAGGGAAUAUGGCCAUGACAUGUUCAUACAAACCAGCCAGGCCAGACUCAAAUGUCUUCUUAGUGAAAUGGCUGGUUCAACCUGACAAAGAAAAUGAUUCAUGGAUGCCAGUGGCCACCUGGUUUCCAAACAAUCAGAUAGACAUCGCUCCGAACUUUGAAGGCCGAGCUCAAAUGUCGGUUGACCUCGGCUCAAAGCAGAGCACACUCCAGCUGGAUAAAGUUCUAAUACAGGACAGUCGCAGCUUCCAGUGCAGUGUCACUAUCCAAGGCGACGAUGAGGGAAAAACAGCAGCUACCACUACCCUAUUGGUCCUAGUGGCUCCAUCCAGGCCUGUCUGUGGGAUCCAAGGCACUGCUGAAUACUGGAACAACAUUAGCCUCAGCUGUAUGUCUGAAGAGGGCUCCCCUAGUCCCACUUAUAAAUGGAAGAGCUACAGUGUCCUAAAUGCUCCCAGACCAUUCCCACUCCGGGCCACUGAAAAGGAUGGAGUCCUGGCCCUCUUUAAUAUUUCAAAGGAGGAUUCCGGGUUUUUCGUCUGUACCGCAACCAAUCGAGUUGGUCAUGACAGCUGCAACCUCACCCUAUCGGUGCUACCCACCACUAUGAAAGUUGGGGCAACGGCAGGCAUCAUUGGAGGGGUCGUAGCAGGUCUCGUCGUCCUCGGCAUUGUUAUCUACUGUUGCUGUUGUAAGAAGGAUAAAGAGAACAAGCCUGUCGAAGGUUCUCCCGGCGACGUGGAGUUCCAAGACCAACCCUCAGUUAGAAACCAAUAUCGGGAUGACCAGUCAAGCACCUUGACUAAGCCAUACGUUGAAGAGUCAGACCACUUUGAAGAGAAAAGUGUUCGUGAUCUGGGCAACCACAACGACAACCGGGCUGGGACAAGCGUGUUGGAAGCUGAACAACACAGUUAUAAUGAUACAGAAAAUGGCUAUGGAAACGGUAGUGAUGGCAUUCGUGGACGUCUUGACGAAAAGCGUGACUUCUCUCGGGGUAGUCGCGAUCGACUUGAUGAUCAGGAUGAAAUUCGUGGAAGUCGCGAUCGGCUUGAUGAUCGGAAUGAAAUUCGUGGAAGUCGCGAUCGGCUUGAUGAUCAGGAUGAAAUUCGUGGAAGUCGCGAUCGGCUUGAUGAUCAUCCCAACCGCUAUCGCGGAAGUAGCGACCGCCUUGAUGACCAACAUGAUCGUUAUCGGGGAAGCCGCGACAGGCUUGACGAUCAACAUGAUGACAUUCGGGGAAGUCGCGACAGACUUGACGAUAAACGCGAUCGCUAUCGGGGAAGUCGCGAUCGGCUUGACGACCAAAGUGAUGAAGUCCGGGGAAGUCGAGAUAACCUUGACAAUACACGAGAUCGCUAUGGCAGUCGCGAUCGUCUUGACGAUAAUCGGGAUCGCCGCCAUGGCAGUCGUGAUAACCUUGAUGCACAAUAUAAUCGGCAAGGUGGAAGUCGCGAUCGCCUUGGUGAGAGUAGGCCUAGUUAUAAUGUCUAAAAUCUACAAAAGCAUUGACGACAGCCAUGACCAUUAAUCAUAUGCCAAAUUUUCAAAAACAAAUAAAAUAUUAUAUGAAUUUGACAUGUUUGCAUGUAAUUUGCAUACAUACAUUAACCUUUUUUUAUAUUGUGAUACUUUUGUGUUGUUGGAAAUCAUCAUUAGGCUUUUAUGUCCUUUGUAUAUGUCAGCCUAUUUGUAUAGAUUUUGGCAUCAUCAAUACUGUUUUGUGCAUAGACUAAACAACUAGGUAGUAACCUGCCAUAAAGUACCAUUUUAGACAAAAAAAAUGACUUCAGAAUCAGUAGAAUUAUAUGUGCAUAAAUAGCCCAUAGCAACAAGUAAAUUGUUGAAAUAGGCUCUAUAAGUUCCAUAAUGUAAUGUGUGAUGUUUAUAUUGUGCGCUUUUGAUAUCCUUUUUGUUGUUGUUGUUGUUCUGUCGGUGCCAUUGUUAAUCAAUUAAGUAAAACGGGGUGUACUUAUUACCAAUUUGUACGUUAUUGGUUAUGUAAAUCAAAUAAAUCGAUUUCAAUAAAUAUUUACAAACACUUCCA